CUUUGGGGAGGAGCCUGGCUUGGGACGGCCCAGCCUCCGUGACUUUUACCCAGCCGACAAAGUCCAUUUGGAUGGAAGUGGGAGCGGAAUAAAAGGGGCCAUUUGGACUCUGGUCAAAGGAAAUGACUGGCCUGACAGGGCCGGGACAUUGGAGCACCCAGGUACCGCCGCUCGGCCGCGGACUAGCGGGUAUCGGCUGCUGGUCUGUGAGGCCCGCUCUACGUAGGCACGCUUUGGGGUCUGGUUUGACAUGCUGGCGAUUGGUCCGGCGGUUUGGGGAGGCUUUCUGAGCCUGCCUUGGAAGGAGGUGGUUGAAUUGUGGGGUGCGACGGUCAAAAUGUAGUUUUCCAGAACUGUUUAAGUGGAGGGAAUUCAGGCCGACCCCCUCGCCCUCACCCUUUUCAAGUUGGGCUUGUGGGAGAGUUUCUUGGUCUUGCAGAGCUGGGGAGCCAGGGGAGGAGUUAAAACCUGGGUCAGGUGUCUGAGGGCAAGCCAUCAUCGGAGUUAAGUUGAAUGGGGCAGGGGGCUUUUCAAAAUGUGUGGAAACUUUGGAAGGACAUCUCAUUCGCCUUCUCUCCCCCUCUCUAAUAAGUCAUCUCCGGAGUCAGUGGUCUCAGGGGAGGUGUGAAAUGUAAACUUAAUACUUUUUUUUUUUUUGUCUGCGUGCUGUGCUACUAAAAGCAUUUAAAACAUUCCCUAGAUUUGGAGUUACUGUAAAUAACAGAACUGAGAUGCUAGACCAAAGAGUAUGAGAGAGCUAGCAUUUCAGGAACACGCAGGAAGAGCUAGACUUAACUUUCAUUGGAAGGAGAAAUACUUACUGUGUUGCGCCCUGGAUAUAGACCUAUGACUGAUUUUUUUUUCAUCCCAUAGGGUCUAAGGAUAGCUCUGGGGCCAUGAUUGUCACCAGGACUCUGAGAUUUCUGCGCUCGGAGCAAUGCCAGAUGCCACUGGACUUGUUCUGAGAUUCUUGCCCUAAACAAUGGGAAAGGGACUCCUGGUGACCUAUGCUCUCUGGGCUGUAGGGGUCCCAGUUGGGCUCCAUCACCUGUACUUGGGGCGAGACAGCCAUGCUCUACUCUGGAUGCUCACCCUGGGAGGUGGAGGGCUGGGUUGGCUCUGGGAGUUCUGGAAACUCCCAAGUUUUGUGGCUGAGGCCAACAGACGCCGGGGGCAGAAGCAGAACCCAGGAGGGGGGAUACCCCCUCUGAGUCCCAUUCGCUUUGCUGCCCAGAUGAUAGUGGGCAUCUAUUUUGGGCUUGUGGCUCUGAUUAGCCUUUCUUCCAUGGCCAACUUCUAUAUUGUGGGCCUCCCACUGGCAGUUGGCUUAGGGGUCUUACUGGUGGCUGCAGUUGGCAACCAGACCUCAAACACUAAGAACACAUUAGUGGCGGCAUUUCUUACUUCCCCUAUCUUCUAUGGCCGCCCCAUAGCCAUCCUGCCCAUCAGCUUGGCUGCCAGCAUUACAGCCCAGAAGCAUCGCUGCUACAAAGCUUCAGUAGGGUCAGAGAAGCUUUGUGUGCGGCUGUACCGGCUGGGCUUGGCUUAUCUGGCUUUCACAGGCCCACUAGCCUAUAGUGCUUUCUGCAACACAGCCACCACUCUUAGCUAUGUGGCAGAGACCUUUGGGUCCUUCUUGGAUUGGUUCAACUUCUUCCCCCUUCUUGGUCACCUCAUGGAGUCUGUCCUCCUUCUGCCUUACUGGGUGUGGAGGCUGCUGGUGGGGGAUCCUGGCUUCAGCAGUGGCUAUUUCCAGGAGUGGGAGAAACUCUAUGAAUUUGUUCACAGUUUUCAGGAUGAGAAGCAGCAACUGGCUUACCAGGUUUUGGGCCUCUCUGAGGGGGCAACAAAUGAAGAAAUACAUCAGAGUUACCUGGAGCUCGUGAAAAUCUGGCAUCCUGAUCACAACCGCCACCAGACAGAGGAGGCGCAGAGGCACUUCCUAGAGAUUCAGGCUGCAUAUGAAGCCCUGAGUCGGCCUAGGAAGCCCAGAGGAUCCUGGAGGUGAGAAGAAACUUUCUCCCCCUAGGAUGGACUCUUCCUGGAAGAAUGGGGCAGCUUGUCCCAGUCUAGCCUUGUGGGCAUCCCAACAGCACUAAAGAAACUGCUUGCAUUGAA